AUGCCGCUCGAAUAUUUGCAAAUGUUUGUUUAUCUGCUACACAAAUCAAAGUACCGAAGAAAAUGUAGGAUCGGCCACUCACAGGAGCUAUGCCAUCUGUCGCUGGUGCUGCUCGCCGCCCUGUCGUGCCAGUUCCGUCCACCGAUGGUGCACGGCUCCAGCCAAGGGCUGGCGGCACUGGCCGAGACGGGUGGCAAGUGUGCGGAGGUACGCUGCAUGAACGGAGGAGUCUGCAAGAACGGAACUUGUCUCUGCCCGGACGGCUGGCAGGGCUCGGAGUGCCAGUUCUGCGGCGGCAAAGUUAGACUGACCGACGCGUCGGGGAGCAUCCACGAUGGGCUGGGCAACUACUCGAUCGGUGUGAAGUGCAGCUGGUUAAUCGAUGCCCGCGAUCACAACAGCAUUACCGAUAAGGUAUCACCAGCGCCGGCCCCGCGCUCGGUUAUUCGGUUGCACCUGGAAGAGUUUGCGACCGAGUGCGGCUGGGACCAUCUGUACGUGUACGAUGGCGAUUCGGUCGAGUCGCCCCUGCUGGCCGUGUUCAGUGGGCUGAUGUACCGGCAAAACUUUACCAUCCGCCGAAUACCGGAGGUGUUUGCCCACUCGGGCUCCGCCCUGCUGCACUUUUUCAGCGAUGACGCGUACAAUAUGUCGGGCUUUAACAUCUCGUACCAGGUGAACGCCUGUCCGACGAAUGAUUCGCGCGUAAACUGCUCCGGCAACGGUGUCUGCCAAGGGGGCGAGUGUAGCUGCAGUCACGGGUUCACCGGUGCGGCUUGCAACAUUCCGCGCUGUCCGCGCUACUGUUCGGCCCACCUGGGUCGCGGGUGGUGCGACACGAAGCAGCAGCGGUGCAUCUGCAAGCAUGGCUUUAUCGGCAACGAUUGCUCGCAGGAGAUCGCGCACGGUUUCUGGACGGCGAUCGAUGCGGGCGAAGCGGAAGGUUUCACCCCACCAGGCAGUGCAUCGCACGGGGCGGCCGUCUUCCACGACACCCUGUACGUGGUGGCCGGCGAAAGCUACGGCAAGGCCAAGGCGCUGCUCUACAUGUACGACUUUAACGGCAAGGUGUGGGAAACGGCACACAGUGACAGCAAACCGGUGCCCGAACUGCGGUACGGUGCGUCGACGGUGAUCUUCGGCGAUAAAAUUUUCAUGUACGGCGGCGUGAUCGAGGGCCGCGGUGUGUGCGGUGAGCUGUGGGCGUUCGACGUGAGCGCCAAGAUCUGGGAGAACAUCACGGUCAAGUCGGAACAGUGCAACGACACGUACGAGAUGUGCGGUCCGCUUCGGUCCGCCGGCCACACGGCCACGAUCGUGACAAACUACGAGCCCACGGGGACGGGCGGAGGGGCGAAGAAAGCUGUCGCCGGUGGUGGCAGCGCGCAAAAGAUGGUCGUCAUCUUCGGGCACUCGCCCCAGUUCGGGUACCUGAACACGGUGCAGGAGUUUAACUUUGGCACGCGUGAAUGGAAGAUCGUCCGCACGCGCGGCUACCCGGUGAAGGGUGGUUACGGCCAUUCGGCGGCCUACGAUCCACUGCGCGAGCGUAUCUUCGUGUACGGUGGGAUCGUGUCCGAGAGCGACAGUUCGCAGCUGUUAAGCAACAAACUGUACAGCUUCGAUCCGCAUGCGCGCCUCUGGACACUGCUGGAAACGGCUCCGACGGCACGCUUCCUACACACGGCGUCCUUCGUUACGCCCGGACUCAUGAUGGUGUUCGGAGGGAACACGCACAACGACACGUCGCACAGUUUCGGGGCCAAGUGCUACAGCCGCGAUCUGAUGGUGUACGACGUGCUGUGCGACUCGUGGCACGUGCAGCCGAUGCCGGACGAGCUGUACGCCGAUCUGGCUCGCUUCGGUCACUCGGCGGCGGUCUUUGAGCGAUCGCUCUACAUCUACGGCGGCUUCGAUGGGCAGAUGAUAAACGAUAUGCUGAAGUUUACGCCCGGCGACUGCCGGUCGCUAAACCGCUCGGAACUGUGCCUAAAUGCGCGGCCCGGUGUGAAGUGUGUCUGGGACAUCCAGCGGGGCAAGUGUUUGGCGGUGGCGGACGUGCAGCGCGAGCGGCUGUUCGAUCGGGACCAGGAAAGUUUGGAGGUGUGCCCGAAAGAGAGCCGCCUCGUGAUGACGCAGCAGGUGCUGGCGGACUAUGAGCUGUGCAGCCAGCUGACGACGUGCCAGGGCUGCGUGUCGACGGCGUACGGGUGCAUGUUCUGUGGGAUCGGCAGCGGGAAGGGCAUCUGCGUGAAGGAGAAGUGCCCCGACGUCUCGUACACGUACCGGGCGGACUUUUACCCAACGAAAGCCCUCAAAGACUGUCCGGACGGCGAGGAGCACGUGUGCGGACAGCUGCACGGGUGCCACGCGUGCUCGGCGGUCAGCGUGUGCCACUGGGACUACGAGCACAGUCGGUGCCAGUACAGCCGCAACAAGUCGGGCGACGCCCUGAACGAUGCGUGUCCGCCGGCCUGUUCCGGGCUGACGUCGUGUGGGAACUGCACCCAGGAAGAGUGCAUCUGGUGCCAGAACGAGCAGCGGUGUGUGGACAAGAACGCGUACACGGCCAGCUUCCCGUACGGCCAGUGCCGCGAGUGGACGACCGGGUCGAACAAGUGUCGCGCGGCAAGCAGUGGCAAGAGUCAGUGCGGGUUUUACCGGACCUGCGGCCAGUGUCGCGAUGAUCCGGCGUGCGGUUGGUGCGACGACGGGUCGAUGACGGGACUGGGCAAGUGUCUGCCCGGUGGCGACAGUGGUGCCCACGAAGAGCUCGAAUGUCCGGCCCAGCGGUGGCACUUUACGCACUGCCCCAGCUGCCAGUGCAACGGCCACAGCACGUGCCCGGACUCGAAAACUUGCCUCCAACCGUGCAGUCACCUGACGAUUGGGGCCAAUUGCGAAAAGUGUAAAUCGGGUUACUGGGGCAAUCCGGUCAAUGGUGGAGUGUGCCAGAAGUGUGAGUGUAACGGGCAGGCACAGUACUGCCACAGUGAGACGGGCAAGUGUUUCUGCAGCACCAAAGGGCUGGCCGGGGAUCACUGCGAAAAGUGUGACGCGACCAACCACUACCACGGUGAUCCGAGCCGCGGGUCGUGCUAUUACGAUCUCACGAUCGACUAUCAGUUCACGUUCAAUCUGUCCAAGAAGGAGGAUCGCCACUUUACGCAGAUCAACUUCCGCAACUCGCCCGUCAAGCAGGACAUCGACGCGGACUUUAGCAUCACGUGCAGUGUGGCCGCCCGGAUGAACAUCACCGUACGGGUGACGGGCGGCAUGGAGAAGCCUCUGUUUUCGGCCGUCAACUGUUCCACCUUUCGGUACCGGUUCUCGAAGCUCGAGCAUCCGUUCGGGAUCGAGGACAACGUGACGCUGUCCACGUUCUACGUGUACGUGUACGACUUUCAGCCACCGCUCUGGAUACAGAUUGCUUUCUCGCAGUAUCCGAAACUGAAUUUGCAACAAUUUUUCAUCACCUUCUCCACAUGUUUCCUUUUGCUUCUCGUAAUGGCGGCAAUCCUGUGGAAGAUAAAGCAACAUUACGACAUGUUCCGGCGCCGACAGCGACUGUUUGUCGAGAUGGAACAGAUGGCCUCGAGGCCAUUUUCUCAGGUCCUGGUGGAGAUUGAGAGCAGAGAGUACAAUGAACUCUCGCCCGCGGUGGAGAACAUUACUGCCGCUCCGAGAAAGCGUAAAAAGGAUUCACCAAGCCCAAUUGCACUGGAGCCAUGCGAGGGCAACAGGGCGGCGGUACUCUCGCUUCUAGUCCGGCUACCAACGGGUGGCCUUCAACAUUCUCCUCCUGGUCAAUCGGCAGGUCUUGCCGUAGCAAGUGCAUUAGUAACGUUAGGAAACCCACGACGACCGUCGAUAGAACAUCCGAAGGAACCUAAGACUAAGCGUAAGCAGAGCCAACAUCCUGAUAGUUGUAUAUAAAAGGGCCUGUAGGAGGUGCACCUGUGUUUAUCGACACAACUCUCAUAUGCCACAAAAGCUGGUCCAAACUCCCUUUCCCCAAAACCUUCCACCUCCCUGCUAGAAAUGCAGCCACCUGUUGUGAACGGUGGAGUAUUGUUGUAAGAUAAACGUGUCGACGGGGGGAAGGAUCGU